AGGAAGUACGCUUUUAGAUCACCGUCCCAAGGCAAACUUUUGGCAGUGUUUGAACAGUUGUUGAGAAGAGAGGCUUCCAUGAGGUUUAUGGCCCCUUGAAUGGGUUUGACUUUGUAGGCCAGGUGCCGCUCCGCUCCGCGUUGAACCCCAGCGCGGGUUUUCCAGCGCGCCUCUGCAGUGAGACACGCAGCCGGCUCGACGCGCAAGCCGUCUUUCUGCUCCUGGAUCGAGCUUCACUUCCCGCAGUAGUACGAAACGAGUGGAAUUGCACUCAAGUUUUUUGAAAACGACUGAGUGUGCGGCAAGUCCCGUCCCGGUCCCGCAAACGGGCGCUCAGAGGUAAACGGGUCGGGCCAUCGCGGCGACGAGGAGGCGCGUGGCGUUGAUUUAAACGCGCAUUCAUUGCGCUCUGCCCGAAACCGAGUGUUGCAUGGAGCGGGACAACCCCGGCUGUUGGGAACGACGAAAUGCUCCGUUUUAAUGUGACCUGGGUGCUCACUUUUCUCAGCUUUCCAUAUUCGUAGGCCUAAUGUGGGUUUGUGGACUGCGCGGAUCUGCGAUCUACCUGAGCGCGCGAUGAAAGUCUUUGUGCGCUGAUUUAGAGGUGACUUAGAAGCCCUCGCUUUUUAUUGCGUCAGUAGAUCUGCUGGGACUGUUCCUCAAUCUAUGGAUGGAUGCAGGGACUAAAAUUAACACCUGCCAAGUGCCAAAUACGGAGCAUGAAUGGUGAAAGGUGGAGAGCGGCAGAUUGCUGAUGUCUGCGUGGCCUGCAUACUGUCUAGAUCCUCUUUACAAUCUGAACUAUUGUCCAGCAUCUGGAGACGCUCUUGAAUAACCAACAUGGCUACUUCACUGUGGAAACGUCCCUUGGUGCAUGGGCUUGUGUUAGCCGUGAUUUUUAUACAAACUUCAGAAGCCUUCAGUCGUGCAGCGCUGCCGUUCGGUCUGGUGCGGCGAGAGCUGUCGUGUGAGGGUUACCCUAUCGAUCUGCGCUGCCCGGGGAGUGAUGUCAUCAUGAUCGAAACCGCCAACUACGGCCGCACAGACAACAAGAUAUGCGACGCUGACCCCUUCCAGAUGGAGAACAUUAAUUGCUACCUCCCGGAUGCAUAUAAAAUCGUGUCUCAAAGGUGUAACAAUCGGACGCAGUGUGUUGUCAUCACUGGCUCGGAUGUCUUUCCAGAUCCAUGUCCUGGGACGUACAAGUAUCUUGAGGUCCAGUAUGAAUGUGUGCCAUACAAAGUGGAGCAAAAAGUUUUUAUUUGCCCUGGGACUCUGAAAGCAGUAGGAGAUCCAGCCUUUGUCUUUGAGGCUGAACAGCAAUCUGGAGCGUGGUGCAAAGACCCCCUGCAGGCGGGGGACAAGACCUACUUCAUGCCAUGGACACCGUACCGCACCGACACGCUCAUAGAGUACGCCUCACUCGACGACUUGCGAAGCGGUCGACAGACGACUACCUACAAGCUUCCGCACCGCGUUGACGGAACUGGAUUUGUGGCCUACGACGGGGCCAUCUUCUUCAACAAGGAACGCACGCGAAAUAUCGUCAAGUUUGACUUGCGGACUCGGAUAAAGAGCGGGGAGGCCAUAGUCGCCAAUGCCAACUACCACGACACCUCGCCCUAUCGCUGGGGUGGGAAAACGGACAUCGACUUGGCGGUUGAUGAACGGGGACUGUGGGUCAUCUAUGCCACCGAGCAGAAUAACGGACGUAUCGUUCUCAGCCAGCUCAAUCCUUAUACUCUGCGCUUUGAGGUCACAUGGGAGACCGUCUACGACAAACGCUCGGCCUCCAAUGCCUUCAUGGUGUGCGGCAUUCUUCACGUUGUCCGUUCCACCUAUGAGGAGAAUGAAAGCGAGGCCAGUAAGAGCCAAAUUGACUAUGUGUAUAACACCAAACUAGGGCAAGGGGACUAUGUCAGUAUGCUCUUCCCUAACCAGUAUCAGUACAUUGCAGCUGUGGAUUACAACCCGAGGGAUAACCAGCUGUAUGUGUGGAAUAAUUUUUACAUUCUGCGAUACAAUCUGGAAUUUGGGCCACCCGAUCCGGACGAAGUACCGACGGUCUCUGAUGACGUUACAUCAACAGUGCAGCCUAGAAGAUCCACACCUCCCAUCAGGACCAGCACUGCCAGCAUCACCCAGAGACCUGCGCUCAACAUCACCGUCACUCCCGACCCGGCAGCCGUGGACCCGCCGAACCCCAGCGCCGGCAGCCCGCCCCCCUCCAGCAGACGCUUCUGCGACGGGACGGAGAGGAGAGGAAUCUCCUGGCCGCAGACGCACCGAGGAGCGACGGUGGAGCGGCCGUGUCCUAAAGGAACUCGAGGAAUUGCUCUGUUCCUCUGUACGUCUGCCGACGGGAUCUGGAGUCCCAAAGGUCCUGAUCUCAGUAACUGCACGUCUCACUGGGUGGCACAGGUGGCACAGAAGAUCCGGAGUGGUGAGAACGCUGCGAAUCUGGCGAACGAGUUGGCGCGUCACUCUCAGGGUCCCGUGUACGCGGGCGACGUCAGCUCCUCUGUGCGGCUCAUGGAGCAGCUGGUGGAUAUACUGGACGCACAGCUGCAGGAGCUCAAACCUAACGAUAAAGAUACGGCAGGACGGAGCUUCAACAAGGCCAUUGUGGACACGGUUGACAACCUCCUGAGGCCAGAAGCCCUUAAAUCCUGGGAGGACAUGAAUUCCACGGAGCAAACACAUGCUGCCACUAUGUUACUCGAUACCCUGGAGGAAGGAGCCUUUGUCCUUGCAGACAACCUGAUCGAGCCCGCAGUCGUCCGAGUGCCUGCCGAGAACAUCAUGUUGGACGUGUACGUGUUGAGCACCGAUGGCCAAAUUCAGGACUUCAGGUUUCCACAGAGCAGCAAAAGAGGAGCCACGAUUCAGCUCUCAGCAAACAUGGUCAAACUAAACAGUAAAAACGGUGUUGCCAAGUUGGUUUUUGUCCUUUAUAAGCACUUGGGGCAUUUUCUUAGUACGGAGAACGCCACGGUGAGGCUGAUGGGAGAGGGCGGAGUCAGAAACCACAGCCUGACUGUCAACUCCCACAUACUCUCCGCCUCCAUCAACAAAGAAUCCAGCCGCGUGUUCGUGUCCGAACCACUCAUCUUCACUCUGGCGCAUUUGGAUACUGAGAACUACUUCAAUCCAAACUGCUCAUUUUGGAACUAUUCUGAGCGGAGCAUGACAGGAUACUGGUCAACACAAGGCUGCAAACUCCUCGCGACAAACAAGACUCACACCACUUGCUCCUGCAGUCACCUGACUAACUUUGCAAUCCUGAUGGCCCAUCGAGAUGCACAUGCGGGUGUGGGAAGCGUUCACGAGCUCCUGCUGACAGUUAUCACACGAAUGGGCAUCGCCGUUUCACUCGUCUGCCUUGCCAUUAGCAUCUUCACCUUCUGUUUUUUCCGUGGCCUCCAGAGUGAUCGCAACACCAUCCACAAGAACCUCUGCAUCAACCUCUUCAUCGCAGAGCUUCUGUUUCUUGUGGGCAUCAACAUGACUGAACCUCCGAUUGUGUGCUCUGUGAUUGCUGGAGUUCUGCAUUUCUUCUUUCUUUCUGCAUUUGCCUGGAUGUGUUUGGAGGCCGUUCAGUUGUUCCUCAUGCUUGUGGAGGUCUUUGAGAGUGAAUUCUCUAGACGAAAAUACUAUUACGCAUCUGGCUACCUGUUGCCCUGUGUGGUGGUUGGCAUUUCGGCAGCCAUCGACUAUAAGAGCUAUGGGACGAGGAAAGCCUGUUGGUUGAGGGUUGAUAAUCAUUUCAUUUGGAGUUUCAUUGGCCCUGUUACGUUCAUCAUUAUGCUCAAUCUCAUCUUUCUGGUGGUGACAAUGUACAAGAUGGUAAAGCACUCAAUGUCUAUGAAACCUGAUUCCAGCCGACUGGAGAGCAUACGGUCCUGGGUGUUUGGUGCUUUCGCACUGCUGUGUCUGGUUUGUCUGACGUGGUCGUUCGGCCUGUUUUUCUUGAACGACUCUUCAGUAAUCAUGGCGUACCUCUUCACUAUCUUCAACACCUUACAAGGGAUGUUCAUCUUCAUCUUCCACUGUCUUCUGCAGAAGAAGGUGCGUAAAGAGUACAGCAAGUGUUUCCGGCAGUCUCAGUGCUGUACUGGUCUUCCUGCUGAAGGAUCUCACGCUGUUAACAAAACCUCGGCCUCCAGGUCCACUGCUCGAUAUUCAUCUGCUACACAGAGCCGCAUCAGGAGGAUGUGGAACGACACUGUGAGGAAACAGUCAGAGUCGUCCUUCAUCUCCGGAGAUAUCAACAGCACUUCCACUCUAAACCAAGGAAUGACCGGCAACUAUCUGCUAACUAACCCUCUCCUCAGGACUCACGACACUAACAGCCGCUAUAACAACCUUCUCGCCGAAACCAUCGUCUGCAACACCCCUUCUCCUCCAGCUUUCCACUCUCCAGGCCAGCACUCGCUAACCAACAGCCGGGAUGUCAGCACCAUGGACACGCUCCCUCUCAACGACAACUUCAACAACAGUUACUCACUGCGAGAGGACGACUACGAAGACCCUGCGUUGUGCUGCCCGCCCGCUGACGCUUUGCGUCUGGAUGACGCUGCCUUUGAGAAGAUGAUCAUCUCCGAGCUGGUUCACAACAACCUGAGGCCUCGUCGGCCACCGCAAAACCAAACCAGCUCAAAAUGCCAACCGGUGUCUGACAACAGCCACCAGGGUCCGCAGGAAACCUUCGACGACCGGAGUGAAGAUGAUACCAUAAUUGCCGACACCUCCGUUUUGCCGCCAUCCUCUAGCCACCCGGCACUGGAGCUUCUUCUCCUUCACCCGAGCGACCGGGAGGCCCUCGAGGCCCCGCUUUUGCCCCAACGAACUCAUUCGCUACUUUACAGCGCUCAAAAGGCGUCUCAACAGGCCGUCAGGCUGCAGAAGGACAGCAGAAAGGCAGAAGAAGAUGAGGAGAGCACGAAAGAGUUAGAUGACGCGCCCUCGCCGAAUAACAGGGACUCGUUGUACACAAGCAUGCCCAAUCUCAGAGACUCUCAGUCCUCCGAAUCUCCUGACCUUGUCAGCGGACAGGACGACGGUUCUCCUUGCUCAUCCGCCCAAAGUGAAACUGAGGAACAAUGCUACAAGAGCUUGCCCGACCUGGGAGACGGGACUCAACAGCUUUCCUACUAUCAGAUCAGCCGUCGAGGCACUAGCGAGGGCUGUAUUGGCCCCGGGCUCCCCGAGGGCUGCCUUCCACUAGAGGAAGAACCUGCUAGCGAUGGACAGAUGCAGCUAAUCACCAGCCUCUGAGCCAAGAAUGUUCCCUUUCCUUCAUUUUCCUCUUUUGCUUCUCCCAUCCACAGAUGACACGAAAAGAGGACUAGUCAACGGCACAAUCAAUUGUUUUUUAGUAACAGAACUGAUGGUCUAGUCAAACUCUUCUGUUGUACUGAUCGAACUGCUCGAAGUGAGCGGAAAGUGUCAAGACUGGCAUUGUCUACAUCUGCCAAAAGAUUUGUACAGUAUAUAUAUAUA